AUGAGAACUCUACAAACCCCACGCUGGCUUUCUCAUCCUCUCACCCGCAUUCCUCCUUCCGUAGGUCUUAUCAGAGUCUCCCUCUUGCUUCGUAGGAUCCACCUCACACCUUCCUGGUUCGGUAUUUCACUCGACCCCUGCAACUCUGUCUGUACUACUCCAAGCGUAAUUUCCGACAUUCUGCCUAAUUGUCAUGAUCAAGCCUUUGUUUCGUGGACCACGUCUAUGAUCAAACACGUCUGCUGUUCGUCAACUAGCUCUAGUCCCCACCGCGACUAUCCUGUUUCUAUCUCUGAUAUCAAGUCUACGACAUCCUAUGCCCUAAUCUCUUGUGUGCCAACCCACAAAUGUUAUGGUUAUACUGGUUUUUAG